UAGGGACCGUAUUCCUUAUGUUCGUCGUUUUUGGAUCUGUUACAAUCAGUGGCGUGACCGAGUAAGGUGGAACUGCAUAAAGAUUUUGAAAGUAUUAAUGCCAAAUCAAGAAGAUUUCUUAUGACUCAUCAUUCAAAUAUGCCUUGGAUGUCAUGGAGACAGCACGUGGCUUGCCUUACCACGUGUGUUAAUGGACAUGAAGCAGAAACUGUAGCUUGUUGUACAACUGGAGAUAACAGAUUAUGUCUCAAUCUUCCAUUUGGACUUCUUAAUAGUUCCAUUGGGAGUUGUCCAGACUUCUGUCAAAGAAAAUCUGCUGUAAAUUGUGGAACACAAUCUGACCAAGUUUGUGGCUCAAACGGCGUGACAUAUACAAACAUGUGUGAGUUUUCAAAAGCGGUUUGCGACAACGACGCAUUGAGAGAAGUUAAAAGAGGUCCAUGUCCUCUGAUAACCACACCUGUGGCAGCUGCAGCAGUGACCUUGGAUCCCAUUAUGCAAGCAUUUUGUAGUAACAAGGACGCAAUAGUAUGUGGAUCUGCCCUUUCUCCUAUCUGUGCCUCAAACAAAAACUUUUAUCUCAACAAGUGCGAAUUUAGCAAAGCCAAAUGCGACAAUUUAAAGAUCACUAUGAAGCCGAUAGAUUUUUGUACAAGAGGAGGUUAAUCCAAUACAAUUGCAUAAUUAAAUAAUUCAAUGUUUA